CCCAGGUUUCUCUUCCCUCUUAUUAGACGCACAAUAUUCUAAGAAGAGAGAGAGACAUUGUGCCAUGUUAAAUGCAAAGUCUUCUUCCUCUCUGUUUCCCCUUUCACAAACCCAAGACAAAUGAAAAUGCAACCAUAACCAUAACCAUAACCUCCAUUUUUUUUUUCUCAGACCUCAAAGUUUCUCCAAAAACUUCAGAUCUUUGUGUGGGAACUAGAAAUCCCACAUUGCUCAGAUAAAGACAAAAACAAUAGUUUAUUAACACAGGGGAGAGAGAUCUCGGUUAGUUGAUCGAAAUGAGAGACUUUGUUACUUGCUUCAGCGAGAACGCUGUUAACGUGUCUCAUUCUUCAAUCUCGUGUUCUUCUUAUUCGAACAACGCAUGCAUUUCUCCCUCCAACGUCGCACCCUCCACCCAGAACUCUGUUUCCAGCGUCUACAAAGUGAUUCUCUCAACGUUGAAGCAAAUUCUGGUGACGGUCACAUGGUGUAGGAGCCACUCCAACCAAGGACUCGCCAUAACCUUCAACCACGAGGACCCUCCACCCUUUAGACUCAACACCAAUUCACGCUUUUUCAGGAAGAAAAAGGGCACCAAAAUCCUCGAACCCUUUUCUUCUGACUCAUCCAAGGUCGAAAUUUUGUGGGAUCUUUCAAACGCCAAGUACGAAUCCGGUCCCGAACCGGUUCAGGGCUUUCACCUUGUGAUCAUCAUCGACUCGGAAAUUGGUCUGGUUCUCGGUGAAACCGCUGAAGAAACGGUUCUUCUUUCGAAGAAGCUCAAUUUCAGAAGCACGGGUUUGGCGGCGGCUAAGGUUUCUCUUUUGUCGCGAACAGAGCAUUGUUCUGGGAGCACCCUUUACUCCACCAAGGCUCAGUUCUGCGACACCGGCACGUGGCACGAUGUUAUGAUCAGAUGCAGCGUGGAGAAGGAGAAUGAAGGGUUGUUCAAGUCACCGGUUUUGUGCGUUUGCAUAGAUAAGAAGACCGUGAUUCGUGUGAAGAGGCUGCAGUGGAAUUUCAGAGGGAAUCAAACGCUUUUCGUUGAUGGGUUGCUGGUUGAUUUGCUUUGGGAUGUUCAUGACUGGUUCUUCACCCCUUCUUCUUCUUCUUCUUCCUCUUCUUCUGGGUAUGCAGUGUUCAUGUUCAGGACUAGGAGUGGCAUGGAUAGCAGGUUGUGGUUGGAGGAAAAGAAUGCACAGAAAGAUAAAGACAGGGUUGAAUUCUCCUUGUUGAUCUAUGCCUGUAAGACUACAUAACCAUAACGGAACUCAAUUUUCUUCUGAUUCAGUUUUUCUUAA